AGUAUCAGUCACUCGCUCUAAGAAAGGCGGUGUUGUCAAAACAAAACUGAUUCAGUAACAGUUUGACAGUGAACAGCGCUUUCACCUUGACAUCGAACAUGGCGUCGGCGACGAGGAUUAUACAGAAACUGAGGAAUUAUCUGUCAGGGCAAAAUCUGCAAUCAAAACUACAGCUUCGGUACACUGAAAUUUCAAAGAGGACUCAACCACCUCCCAAACUUCCUGUUGGACCCAGCCAUAAAUUUGCGAAUAACUACUAUUGUCAGAGAGAUGGACGCAGAGAGUCAGUCCCGCCAACUGUUGUCAUGUCUUCUCAGAAGGCCCUGACAGCUGGAAGUGGGGCUUCUGAAAAACCCAAAAUCCCUGUUUUGCCUGGGACCCCAGCUAAGGAACUUCCGCUAAGUGUUGACUAGAUUUAUGAUGUUAAAUGUGUAUAAUAAAGAUCUGUACAUAAACAUG